UGUAAAGAUAAAAUUGUCUCUUACUGGACGCAGAGACGUCCCAUUGCCAAGCAGCCUACUCAACUCACCAGUAGACAGAGAAGACAGUGAUCAAGGGAUGAGUUGGGUAUGAAUUGGAUUGCAAUUUAGUUGGAUUCCUAAAGUUGCGUUUAUAGGAGUGAUUUGAAUGUAAAGAGCAGUGGUAACCUCAUAUUUGGAAUUUCACAUCAGACGUUUCGAAUACAAAGCUAGCGUACCGGUGAGAUACGUUUGAUAACUAUGAGUGGUUUGCAAAGGAUAAGGACUGUAAUAAUUCGUUUCGAUCCAUUUGAAAACGCGGUAGUGCCAUUCAUUUAGCCUAGUACCCUGUGAUCAUUUCAAGUUCGCCGGUCAAGUAUCAACACCUCUGGAAUUGUGCUUUAGAUGAGAACUCGACUGAUAGUGAGCUUUGGACAAAAAGGACCCAGGCCUGACAGGGCUGGAGAUUAAGCAAAUAACAGAAUAUCUGCAAAACCAAUAGCUCUUGACAGCAAUAAUUUUUGGAAUGCAAAAACUACAUGGACUGUUUUGGAUUACCGUAACGUGUGCAUCAAUCCUCGUUACAUGUGUAUUCCCGGUGGCGUAUAGUAGGAUCUUUACCGAGAUACUUGUGAAGUAGCCUAACCCUCUAACUUUGCUCUCUGUAUUCAAUAACCACAAUUCCUUUCCAGCGGCGUGCUUUGGAAUUCCAGUCUCAAAAAGAGAAAAUGAGAAAAUAUAAUCUCACACUGGUUUGUUUAAUGGCUUGCAUACUUUCAAUCCGCGGUACCUUGGGGACAACGGGGGCGGAAAUAACCGGGGCAGAGACUCAAACCGUUGCCCGGGAGUCGUGCGCAUCGUGUGGGAUGCCGGAGGCGUCAGAACGGGUGGACGUAGACCUUUUGGAAGCAGUCAAGAGGCACAUCUUGAACAGGUUACAAAUGAGUGAAAGACCCAACAUUACUCAUCCUAUUCCCAAGGCUGCAAUGUUGACAGCGCUGAGGAGGCUUCAAGCCAGUAAGGUACGGGAAGACGGGAGGGUUGAGAUCCCCAACCUUGAUGGACAAGCUUCCUAUAGUAACGAGCUGCAAGGGGAGACGUCGGAGAUAAUAAGUUUCGCAGAAUCAGAUGAGCUGGUUUCAUCUCAAGCCUCUAAGUCCAGCCUCCACUUCCUCAUCUCCAGUGAAGGGAACCAGAACCUGUAUGUGUCUCAGGCCAACCUGUGGCUCUACUUCAGGCUGCUGCCCACCGGCUCAGAGAAAGGGCCUCGACGGAAAGUCACAGUUAAGAUCCACUACCAUGAGGCAGGGACUGGGGCUGCAGGUGGAGCCGGGGGAGGAACAGGGCCCGGGGUAGGGGGAGGAGGUCGGUGGACCCUAGUGGAGAAGCGUGUGGACCUAAAGCGCAGUGGCUGGCACACCUUCCCCCUGUCAGAGGCAGUGAGGGCCCUGUUUGGUAAGGGCGGCCGGCGGCAGGACCUGGAGGUGCGCUGCGAGGGCUGUGAGGCGUCCAACGUGGUUCCUAUCUUAGUCGACCCAGUGGAACCCUCACACAGGCCCUUUCUGGUGGUCCGGGCACAGCAGGUGGAAGGGAACCACCGCAUCAGGAAGAGGGGGCUGGAGUGUGACGGGAGCAGUGGAGGCCUGUGCUGCAGACGGCAGUUCUACAUAGACUUUCGCCUCAUUGGCUGGAACGACUGGAUCAUCGCACCCGCGGGUUACUACGGUAACUACUGCGAGGGAAGCUGCCCGGCGUACAUGGCGGGGGUACCGGGGUCGGCGUCGUCAUUCCACACAGCAGUGGUCAACCAAUACCGGAUGAGGGGCAUGAGCCCCGGCUCGGUCAACUCCUGUUGUAUCCCCACCAAGCUCAGCACCAUGUCUAUGCUGUACUUCGACGAUGAGUACAACAUAGUAAAACGAGACGUGCCCAAUAUGAUAGUGGAAGAGUGUGGCUGUGCCUGAGACUGUCUGUGACUUUUUGAGCUUUGAAAGUUAAAUCAAACGACGGUAGUCAAAAUGUCUUGUACAAAAAUACCUUUUUGUACUACACACAUAUAUAUAUAUAUAUAUAGUUAUAUGGAAGCACACCAACUGGUACACACAAACAAUAUGUAUUUAUGGUUUGUUGUAUUUACCUGGCUGAGCGAGGCCAGGUUCUGUCCAUUCCAUAUUAACAACAUCAGAACGGUUCCAGAGUUUUGGGAAGAGAAGGAGAUGAUUGAUCAGCAAAUGAUAUCAAUUUUUCUAGUUUGCCAUUUCUAGAGGAAAAAUAAUGGUCCUUAAUUUCUUCUCUGAGGAAGAUGGAAAGAAAAGCGCUUAAGGAAGCAGCACACCAGGACGUUGACAAAACAAAAGCACUGACAAUGACAAUUCGUCGGCUUAUAUAAUUCAGAAACACCAGCACUUCCAUAAAGAAUGUCAUAAAGACACUGUGACUGUCUGAUCCUGUGGAAUUAUUACAUCAACUGUAUCAGCAAGAAAUGAUUAUUGAAUAAAGCUUUUCCAGGACUACACUCCUGUCCAUGUGAGGUAACGACACAAUAACAAAGUUGUUAACAUUGACAUAUUGUUGUUGACAUUGGACCACGUUCUUUCCUCCUGCCUGUGUAAGUGUGUGUCUGUCUGUGACCAUGCUGCAGGCAAUCGCUCACUGAGUUCAAAGGUGAAGAUGGACCUUUGUGCAAACUGCACUACAUACACUUAAUCCUGAGAACGCAGAGUCCCCACUGCCCUUACUUGUUCCGAUAAAGUGUACCUCGAAUUGGCGAGGAGUUUUUUGUUAGGGCCCAACAGGGCAUGAUGGUGCAGUGCAGCACUUACAGACUAAACCCUUUAAAUGCACACUCCCACUCCUAAUAGCACUUGCAUAUUGAAAUGCCUUCAAAGGGGUACUGAGUGUCUUGUCAUAAAUAAGUGCCACGUGAUCUAUGCAAUGAAUAGUAACCCACCCAUGCCCACCCAUACAACUCUACCAGACUGAACUGAACUUUCUCCUCCUCCUAUCCUAGUGUAACUCCUCCUAUCAAAUACUUGAAAUGUGAUCUUUCGCUUCUGUUUUUCCAAAGCAAAUGAUUGUUAUGACAUUUGCACUGAAAAGUUGCAGGAUUAGUUAAUAAACAGACUGCCAUUGAAAAUUAUUUUUAUGGAAGUAAAUUGACAUUUUGUUUUAAAAAGUAUUUUACCUACACAGCAAAUUCUCCAUUGUUAAAUCAACACUGAGAGUGUUAAAAUAACACUGGAAGUGUGGGCCCGUAUAGACACUGGACCAGUGUUAAAUUAACACACUGCUUAGUGCAAAGCCUUAUUUCCCAGAAUCCCUUGCCUUUUGAGUGAAUUAUAGAGUUACCACUCAUGGCUGUCUUUGUUAGUGACAGAGACAUGGUUGUUGCAUUCAUCAAUUUUCAGUCCAAUGGACUUCAGCAAGCGAGAUCCUGAGAUAAUGUUAUUAAAGUUGUAUUAUUUAACACAAUACAAUAAGUAUUUCAUAAGUACUUAUUCUGAGGGACUACACUCUAAACAUAACAAUUAACUCUAAGUGUUGAAUUAACACUCAGUGUUGGUGUUAAUAACCAGAGUUUAACCAAAACCAUGCCCAUCAUUAAUAUAUUUCCCAACAUGCUCUAUUGCAGGUUGAUUUUAAUAAUUGUUUGUUUCAAUAUCUAUGUUUUUGCAUGUACAUUGAUUGAUUAAUUAAUCUUAUGUUUCUCAAAUAUAAGUGAGAUACAUUUUCUAAACUAAUCCAAUAUGUUACUUGGACUUAUUGCACCUGUUACUGAAAUGGUUGUUCCAGUUUAGAUGCUUUAGGGAGUCUCAUAUUUCAGUCUUCCCAACCCUGGCAGUUGCGGGUGAUAAAAAAUUCAGUCGGAAUUACGCAUUAUACAAGCCAGCAUAAUGUGACAGGUUGCAUGAAUAAGGCAAAUUGUUGGGUUGUUCGGAUUACCCAAACAUUGGUUAAUUUAACCAUAAAUUGAGUUUUUAUUCACCUUCAUGCUGGGUUGACCAAGCAGCUCUGUCUUUUUUAUUGUAAUCCAUUGGUUAUUUUCAGGAGGCGGGACUUAUUAGGGGCAUGGCUUUUAGAUAGUUAUGUUUGGCCACCUGUGAGAGUAAAUGUCAUUCCUGUUGAUCAUGUUAAGUUUGUACACUGCAAUGUAAAAUGUAUUCACAUGUUACUGUGCAUUACAUAUUCUAAUACAAAAAUAUUAACAUUAUGAAUUACAUAUUGCAACAAACUGUUAACUAUCAUAUUGGGGAGAUCACAUAUGCAUAGGCUUUUAAGGAACCCAUAUGUUUCUGUACACUUCAUUAAAGCUACAAAAGUGUCAGUGUUCAACCAUAACAUGCGAUAACGAUUCAACAGAACAGAUGAACUGGAAUUACAUUUACUCUCAUGGGUGGCCAAAAAUAACUUGCUGAAAGUCACACCCCUACUAAGCCAAGACUCCAGUCUUCUGAUCUGACCCGCUGGGUCUAUCUCACUCAAUAAACCAGCAUCAGCAAACCAACCUUGGUCUUAAAAAAGAAAUACAAAUACUAAGUGACCCAAUGCCUGCAACCCAGCAGUUGGGUCAUGCAAACAACCCAGUCAUUUUUAGUGUAUGUCCUCAAAAUAAGGCCUUAUGAAAUACAUACUGUAUUUGUUAAAUAAUACAAUUUUAAUGAUAGUAUUUUCACUUAGGAUUUCACUUGGUGAAGACCCCAGGACUGAAAAUGGAUGAAUGCAACAAGCGUGUCUCUGUCACUAACAAAUUCAGUCAUGGGUGGUAACUCUACAAUUCACUCGAAAGGCAAAGCACUCUGGAAAAUAUGCAAAUAAAGCUUUACACUAAGCAGUGUGUUAAUUCAACACUGUUCAGUGUCUAUACGGGUCAACACUGUCAGUGUUAAUUUAACUCUGUGGAAUUUGCUGUGUAAUAAUGGAACCAAAGAGGCCAAGAUUAUUUUAGCUUGAUCAUAAGAGGCCUAAUCUACGUAUCAGGGUACACCAUGAUGAUUCCAUUUCUUAGUUCUAUUAUUUCCUUUCUCUAUCUAUUUUGUACAAUAAACAUGUGGAACACGUCAUUUUUCAUCUUUAAUUAUAUUUUUUCAGUUUUUCUAUUUAAUAAAAAUAUAUUUUUAGUUCCUGUUUCAGAAUCAUUUAGUCAUGUAAAUGUCAUCUGUACAGUUUAUGUAAAAUAAAAUAUGUUUUCUUAAAAU